AUGUCUGGAUCUGCGGAAAAUGCUUCUGAACAUGACGUGGCUGCAGAGCCAAACUCAGAAUCUCCACCGAAAGGAGGUCAUAUUGAUGGCUCAGAUGUUGCGGCUGGAGAAAAGAAGUGGCCGGGGUGGCCUGGGGAGAGUGUUUUUCGAGUACUGGUCCCUGCACAGAAGGUUGGCAGUAUCAUUGGUCGCAAAGGAGAGUUUGUUAAGAAAAUGUGUGAGGAAUCUAGAUCUCGAAUUAAGGUUCUUGAUGCUCCUCCGGGUGCUCAAGAAAGAAUUGUGAGUUCUUUGAUCAUUCAAUAUUUUCGGGAAAUAUCCAGAUUAAAUUAUUUAUAUGGCUUAUUUCUCCUACUAAAUCUUACAAGAUGUAAUUUUAGUUUGGUUUUUUUAAAAAAACUUUGCCAGAUUGCAUUCUUGUCAUGCUUUGGAAGUGCUUGCCAGUGUGAAUUGUGUCUGGUUGGUUUAACUUGCUUCGGAAGUUUUCACUGUGGGAUUCACGUUUCAUUUGCUCCCCUCUUGGAAUGUAGCUGUUGCCAUAUGUUACUUCUUUCACCUGCAUUUUUAACUAACUGUUGGCUCAGAUAUCUUCUUUCUCAGCAUCAGCCUCAGAUCAACAAGUUAAGGGUUGUAAAGUAAUUCCAUCAAACUGUGUGAUGUGGUAUUUUUGAACCAACAUCUUGAUUUCAUGGGCUAAUCCAUAUCAUGGUCAUCUAGUUUUUGCAUUGGACAACAGCUGUUCAUUGGGAACUAAGGGAAGUAAAAGACAGAGGCUAGAUGGCUUGUUUGAAGCAAAAUAUUAUCACACUAAAGGAUAAUGUCUUAAUUAUAAAGAAGGAGAAUGUUCUGAUUGAAAUCUAGCUGUUGUCAUAUGUUACUUGUUUCACCAGCAUUUGUAACAACUGUUUGCCCAUAUAUCUUCUUUCUCAGGAUCAGCCUCAGAUCAAGUUAAGGGUUGUAAAAUGUAAUUCCAUCAAACUGUGUGAUGUGGCAUUUUUGAAACAACGUCUUGAUCUCAUGGGCUAAUCCAUAUCAUGGUCAUCUAGUUGUUGCAUUGGACAACAGCUGUUCAUUGGGAACUAAGAGAAGUAAAAGAGACUAGAUGGCUUGUUUGAAGCAAAAUAUUAUCACACAAAAGGAUAAUAUCCUAAUUGACCGUACAUAAGUGUUAGUAGAGGGCUAGAACUCACAAUUGAAUCUGAAAAGGGAAAUAAUACACGUUAAAAAUUUAGCAACGAUGUGAUAUUGAAAAAGUAAAUUUUGAUUGCAGAGCAACGUGUGUUGAGCAAGCAUCUAUCUGCUAGAGUGGGAGGGGGAGGAGGAUUCACUUUAUAGAGGACUCUCGCACUAAGGUUUUAUCCUUUUGCGACCGAUGUGGUAUAGUUGUACAUUUUUUCUCUUUGUCCUUAUUUUGCGCCAUUUAUUUGUGCAGUGGCUAUUGCUACGCCUUUAAUCAGAGCAAGUAGCUUGCCAAGCAUGUGGGACACUGUUGACUUGUGUGUUAAAUUCUUUUGCAAAUUCCGAGUUUGUCUGAGAAGAAAACCUAGGUGCUUAACAUCAACUGCUGUUGAUCUCUUUAUGGCAGCAAAUAAUAUACUCUUGCAGUUUCUUGUGAAAUAUCGUUUCCAGGUGAGAGUCUAGUCUGGAUCUUGCCGCUUAAUGAAAUAGCUGAAUCAAGCAUGCAAGUUCUGUCCUCUGUAGUACGUAAUAACAAAAAAAAACGAAACUUGAAACCGACAUAAUUGAAUGUUCUUCUUUAGAGAAAUGAAAAUCAUCAGAUAAGUUUAUAGGGUAAACUUGACUGUUCUUACAGUCAGCUCAUAGAUGUUGCAUUACUUUUACAAAAAAUGCAACCAUGUUGUGCUACUCAGGGUAAAGCAAAUAUUUUUUUUGUUUUUGAUGUAAUAUAGCUGUUUGAGUAAUUUUAGGUGCCAUGUGGAAACGUUUGGACUGUGAACUGUACCUUGAUCUUCAUAUUGCAUCUUCUCUUCAUUAAGUAGAUUAUAUGUUUGAAAUUGAUUCUUCCUAAUUAUGAUAACAUAUUCUUGGGAAUUAUGCAGUCCAGUUACAUUCUUCAUGGGAGAUGAGAGUAUUAGGAUAUUCAGAGGAGUGUUCUUCUUUCUGUUCAUAGAGAGGAGGGGGUUCAUCUUUUAUGACUGUUCUUUUUUAUUCCUUGUGGAAAGAAAAUUUUGAAAGCAAGAUGAAGGGUGCAUCGCCUCUUAUGCUUUCAAAGAUAAUUUUGCCUUCGGUAAUUAGGUUCGAUGCUUGCAUUCCCUUACCUUCCCAAAGUUUCAUCAUCCAAGACUUAAGAUUUAGGCUGAGUCGCACUGAUUGUCGCCUUUCGCUUCCCCUGUUGACAGAGACCAUCAUCUGACAAUUAUAUCCUUUAUGCAAAAGUUUCAUCAUGAAUCCACCAGCAUGCUCAAAAUCCCGUUGAAUUUUGGCCCAGUGCAGGAGCAUGGAGUUGGGAGGGGGGGGCAUGGGUCAAACAAUUCAUGGCAAGUGGCUAUGGUUUAAGAAAAUCUUGUAUCACAUCGCUGCCAGCAUGUCAGGGUGUUCUUUGGCUUUGGUUCGAUUCAAGAAUCUACUUAAAUAAGAGGCCCAGGUUAUGUGGGUUUACAUCCCCAUUGUGCCACCAAAUGUUUUUUAGCUUAUACUAUUUCAUUGUUAUUUGUCAAUCCUGAAGAACUUGGUUUCAUACAAAUCUCACCAUUUGUAAGUAAUGGACUGAAAAAAAAUUCAAUUGUUGACAGUUAAAAAAGAAGUCUUUACUGUUGAACUCUGGAAGUGAUAGCCAUGCCAAUAACUCCGUGUAGUUGGUUCAUCCUGUAUUUCUCUUUUAUUUAAAGCACGAGAAAGCAUCUGAUUUUGUGUUAUAUAUAAAAUGGGAUUCAUUACCGAUUCUUCUCGACUUUCUCUGGCAUCGGUGGUUCUUCCCUUUGUCUUUAAUUAUUCUGCGGGCAUUUCAUAUAAACUAUUAAUCUUUGGUAUUUUAUGAUCCUUUUCACAGGUCAUGGUCUCUGCAAAGGAGGAGCCAGAUGCCUCCCUUCCUCCAGCUAUUGACGGCCUGCUGCGGGUGCAUAAACGCAUUGUUGAUGGCUUGGACAGUGAACCUGGCAGUGCCUCUGGUGGGAACGUUACAACCCGGCUGCUGGUCGCUGCCACGCAAGGCGGGAGCUUGAUCGGCAGGCAGGGCGCCACCAUAAAAUCGAUCCAAGAGACCUCUAAUUCUGUCGUCCGCGUCCUUGGUAUGAACAAACCCACCUCUCGGUCAAACCUCUUGCUUGGGUCUCUUGAUCGGAUGGUGGGGAGUUCGUUUCAUGUUCUGAUUCUGAUCCCCAUCCAUCCCCAUCCCUCAUUCCGAUCUCUAAUAGUCCUCUGAUAGCAGAAGACAUCCCGGCAUUUGCCUUGCAAGAGGACAGAGUUGUGGAGAUACAAGGGGAACCCGGUGGCGUCCACAAGGCGGUGGAGCUCGUCGCUGGGCAAUUGAGGAAAUUUCUGGUCGACCGGAGCGUGCUCCCCCUCUUUGAGAUGCAUGUAGGUACCCUGCACCAGCUUCCGUUAGUAGAAGAUACAUUGCUUAAAUAAUUCUCCAUCUUCUGUGGCAGAUUUCUAUGUCCAGUGUGCGUGCGGAGCAGAGUUCCCUGCCGCCCCAACCCUGGGGCCACUCCCAGGGCCUCCCGCCGAGUGCCGGCGGCGGUGCGGGUUAUGGCAGCAAUCCCCCCUUCUUGCCGCCAAGGGGCCACGACAAGUUCUAUUCAUCAUCGGACCUCUCCCCCAUGGAUAAGCAGUCUUACCAUGGCCUCUCUGCUUACGGACGGGAAGGGCCGCCAAUGGCGCCUCCGCAAUCCUCACUCAUAACCCAGGUCUGCUUCUUCUUCCCAAAUAUAGAAAUUUGAUUACCCAGUAAAAAAAAAAAAAGGGGGGGGGGGGGUAAGUCUGGUGUGCACUGGAUAUAUGGUAGUUUUGGUGAAUUAUUCUCUGCAGGUGACCCAGCGGAUGCAGAUUCCGCUCUCUUAUGCUGACGCCGUGAUAGGGACUGCGGGCGCCAGCAUCAGCUACAUCCGCCGAGCCAGCGGCGCCACCAUCACGAUACAGGAGACGAGAGGCGUGCCGGGGGAGAUGACCGUGGAGAUCAAUGGCAGCGCGAGCCAGGUGCAGACCGCCCAGCAGCUGAUCCAGGUGGGUCACCCCGCAUCAUACCAGGUAUUUUGUUCUGUGCCGUGCUUGCUUCUCUCUCUGAUCGGAUCCGCUCCUUUUGCAGAAUUUCAUGGCCGAGGCGGCAGGCUCGGCUCAGAAGGCGGCGCCCAGCGAGCCGGGUUAUGGCUCCUACCAGCCGCACGGCCCCACCGCCCACGGUGGCGGGAGCUAUGGCUCUGCAUACGGGGCCAGCUAUGGAUACUAA